CAAAUAUGUUAGACCCAGACGCAGGGCAAACAAUCACUGAAGCUCUUUCAAAAGCCUCAAAGGCCGUACAACAGUUGAUCAGUUUUCGCAACCAGUUUCUCGGUCAGGUUGUGGACGCGUAUCAGCUUUUAUCUCCCGAUGAAAAUGGUCGUGUCUGGCAAGAUUUGAAACGAGUUGAGGCAUUGGUUUCAGACAUUCAACAACUUUUGACGAACAAAUCGAUUGCAAUGAAGAACAAAUUCGAUGAAACAGUGUCUUUGUUAAGGUCCGUUGAGCCGAUGUUUGCGCGUGCAUCGUUGACAGAAAAGGCACAGUUCUGUUACCUAAAUGGGAAGGCGUUAAAUGCCAUACAACCAGAUUUACUGGAGACGACGGAUGAAUCUAUUGAUCUAGCCGGGCAAGCUUCACAAUGGCUGAAACGAGCGCUUAAAUACAAUCCACAGUUAGUCGAUGCAUGGUGCGAACUAGGCGAGAGUUCUUGGCGCUUAGGUGAUCCAGGAGAGGCAUCCAACCAUUUCAGACAGGCUCUCAAGAUUGAACCGGAUCAUGUAGAAGCGAUGUGUCAAUUAUCAAUGGUUUUGCGACAGCUACCACGUUCUCCAGAAAAACCCGACGAAGCCAGUGCACGCAAACUUACUCAGGAAUCUGACCCGUUUGCUGAGUCUGUGCAUUUAGCACAUGCGGCAGUAGGGCACCAACCGACUAAUGGUCAUGCCUGGUCCAUACUUGGAAACGCCCUCUUGAGCAGUUACUUUAAUAAAUUCGCUUCCAUCGCCCCUCCACCAUUUACUGACAGCCCAACAACCAAUGGCGAUGUCAAACCGGAUGAAUCUGGUCCGGCCGGUUUCACCAGCUCUCAGCUGAUCAUGACUCGCUGUAUCGCAGCUUAUGCUCAAGCAGCGAAAGACCGGGAAACCGCGUUGGAGCCGAACUUCCAUUUCAAUCGGGGAUUCACCUGGCACUCUCAGGAUAUGUUUGCUCUUUGUUUGCGUUCUUGGCUGACAGCCAUUUGUUUGGAUCCGCAGUGGAGUGCACCACGAAUUAAGGCCCUUCGCUUGACCCAUUUCCUUCUGGAAUUGGAUCGAUGUUUGCACCAAAUCAAACAAGAACUGUGUGAAAUUGCUGUUGAACAGGAAGCCGGUGGUGAAAACGUGCAGCCGGAUAGGUUGAAAAAGUCAUUACAACGUUCCAAGCGAGAUCCCUACCAUGUACGGGAGUUGGUCGCUCCUUUGGCUCCUUGUCUGUCUUUGGUUGCAGACUCUGAGAAUGAUAUAGAGCCGGAGAAAAAGAUAGCUCAGCGAAGAGCUCUCACUCGUUUUUUGGGUCCUUACUGUCCAUCUGCUGCUGGGGAUCCAGACGCCGCCUCCAUCCUGUCCGGGAUCACGGUGAAAAUGAAGAAGAGCAAGCGCGUGAAAUCCAAACAACCAAGUAUGAUUUCACCUUCUCCCUUCUCUCCCGGAACGAAUUCAUGGAAACUUAAGUUUGCUUUGUUUGAAGAUUUACAAAUAGGUACCAAUCAUGGCAAAGUUUGUGUUGGUCGUGUUGUGACCCAACUUCCUUCGGAUACAGACGCGGCACUAAACCUGUUGUUGGUCGACGCGAAGGGGAGUCCAUUGCCCGUGCGAUUGUGUAACAUUGGAAAAGGUCUUGGACCGGUACGCAAGGACAUUUUGGCCAUACCCCACCCUUUCAUUGAACAAUCUCCCGUACAGGGUCAUCUUCUUCGCGCAGUCCUGCUCCUCCAGGCGAAGUUCGGUAGUGGUACGGACGAACUGACCACUAAGCUUUUGAGCAAACUACAAUUGGCGUCCACAGACCAUACAGAUGAAAUUACAAAUGAAACCACAGCAGAUACUAUUCCCCCCAUUCCAGAUAUCACAUAUUCUUUUCUCCGCGUUCCCCUCCCCGACGUCCUUGUGGUCAAUGGUCAACCAGUGGUGAGACAAAGAAAACCUACGUUGGCCACCCAUAAACAAUUGAAUGAUGUGCCAACCGGUGACUGCCAACUUCAGUAUUCUCCACGCCUUCCUGAAGACUGCAAACAAGCUAUACUGGAACAGAACAGACGGAAAAGUCAGAUGAGGAAGCAGAAUUCGAACGCGCACAACGAACCGUCAGUCGAUAUUGAAUUGGACUAUUCUGUUUAUACCUGUAUUAGUAACCCGGACGACACGGAAAUAAAUACAAUCUCAGAAGUACGCACGCUGAAUAUCAGUGAACAGGAUGUGACGGUGGAUAGUUCAUCUGAUUCCACUUCUAAGCAUCCCGUACCCACAGUACUGCAAGAAGCGAAGCGAAAUUCACUUGGGUUCGCAUUUGGUCAGAAGUUGCUUAAUAUGUUUCAGACGACGAGGAUUUCUUGCAGAAAUCACCCGGAAGCAUCCAAGAAAAUUUUGAACCUACAAAAACCUGCGGGAACUUCUGAAAGCGCCAUCCAACGUUUUGACGGUCCACACAGCAAAGGUGAUAGGGUUGCUACACCCGUGGGCCAUCUACGACCCUGGCCUCCGGCCAUGCAAUUUCAACAACAAAAUCCAAGAACGGAUUCACAGGAGGACCCUGUUGACCUGACCGUUUCGACACAAAUCCUUCUCAAGCAACACAACGCAAACUUAUUACAGAGCCUAAAAGAUGCUACCGUUCAGUUGGCUCGUAAAGAUAUGGAAAUGCAACGUCUCAUAUCGGUGAAUAGCCAACUGGGCGAACGUUACUCCCGAAUGCGGGGACAGUAUCUGGAACUGGCAAGGGAGCAGGCUCGGUUACGUCAACGUUAUGAUAUGCUGUUGGUCAGGGGCCUGGACCGUGAGCAGCUUCAUGAAUCGAACACUAACUUGGAGGGGCAAAUGGAACAGUUACGCACACAACUCGCCGAAUCCGAGGAGCGCGCGAAUCAACUGAACCGCCGACUUGUGCGAGUGGAGUUAGAGGCAAAGGAGACGGCUCAGUCAGCAGCGACCGCCGAGGCUCGACUGUCCCAGUUACAGGCUGAACUGGAGAGGAAGGACGUUCAACUGAGAGCACAAACAUGUCGCAAGUUUAUGGAGGCUGCCAGGGAACUGCAAGCAAGGGCUAUCCUGAAUGAGUUACUAGAACUAAAAGGGAAUAUACGGGUGAUGAUUAGGAAGGCACGUUCACGGCGACAGGCAACUGCGGCCGCACUAAACACACCAACGACCUACCUACAUUUCGUGCUGAUACUUCGUGUGCGAGGACUAUGCAGCGGAGCCCUAAUUGGAAAAGAGAAUAAGACUAGGACAGAGAUAAAAGAGCCUCGUCCUAUUUCUCCAGCCUCACCAGUUUCUCACGAGCUUUAUCUUCCGGAAGAGCUCGAUUCAAGGUUGCGGCUUGGCAAUAACGAAGAACCAGGAAGCACUGGUUUGACCACACGCAUGGCUACUCACGGACUGUUGGUGCUCGCGGACUUGGCAGGUUUCGAUGGGUUGGACACGGGACAGAAUAGAUCGAACCCACUCUCUACAAACAGACAGUCUCGACAGCCACUGAUGACUAUCGCAAACAAAGAACAAGAACGUAGGUCAAAAACAACACACAACAACUGCGCCGCCUUUGCUGAUUCAGAAGUGAACGAGACAAAGCAACUGGGUAAAUCCCUAAUUACACUUGGCAGAGUAUUCGAUGCAAUGGUCGGUGGAGAUGGUUCAGGAAAGCACCACAUACCGUAUCGUGAUUCGAAACUGACACAUCUUUUGAAGCCGGCACUUUGUGGUGAUGCACGGUGUAUGCUUAUUGUGACGCUGAAUACACACGAGUCGUGUUUUGAAGCAUCGAUGCGAAGUCUGAAAUUGGCAGCAAGGGCAUCGAAAAUCUCCACGGGAAGAGUGAAGCGGAACGCGGCCAUUUGUGGUGGAAUAAGAACAACCAGUUUAAUAUAAAUGUCAAUCUAUUCAAUCAACACGGGACUCUAAAUAUGCGGGAAGCUUGAAGGACACAGACCUUCGGACAUAGCCGAAGCAAUCUCGCCGCGCUUCACUAUGUUCAACACUUUUCGAAAGGUUGUAGUCCUCCGUAAUACUUGGUUCUUUGUCAUAUCUAUUCGGUGAAACCUUGCUGACCAAAUGGUCA